UACUCACAGUCUUCUAGUAUCAAUCGUUCAAUUAUUGAGAAUGAAAGUGACAAUUUUUCUUAUCGCUGGUUUCUUGGCUGUUUCCGCAGAAAUUCAUAUAAACUUAAAUCCGCUUCAGCUUCCGUCGUUCGAAUCAAACACAAUUCAGGAGGAACCAUUAUGGCUCCAUAUACUUCCUAAAAACCCUUUGAAAGUCAUCGAGAUUAUCAUUCACCACAGUUCCAAAACCAUCGAAACAGAUCGUCUUAGUAUUGAUUUGCACCUUGACAAUAUAAUCACAAAAACGCAAAAUAUUUUGAUUAACUCCAAUCAAGAUAUCGAGGAACUCAUUCAUAAGGCGAAUCAAACUAUAGAUAUUGGUAAAUAUAAUAAAUCUGAAUGCUUCACCGAGAUUUCUUGGCGCUUACAACAAAUCAGUUAUGAUUCCAUCCAAUACACCAAAACAUGUUACGGUAGCUUUAUUGGUCGAAUCAAUGAUUUACGGAUAAGUGUAACGGAACAUAUUUAUUCUUUUGUUGGAAAAAUAAAUGAAAUUCAACGGAUAAUGGAAACUUGUACAACGAAUCAAACUGGUCUAGUAUCUCAAGUGAAGUGUUUACUGCAUCAUAUUGACGAUAUUAUAAGGAUCGUUUCGAAAAUCGGAAUGGAUUCCAAGGAAUUAAUCGUUAGUAUACUUCAGGAAGUGGCUUUGCUUAGUAAAAAUACAGAGCACUGUCUAUUGACUGUAGUUGAACAAUCGCGGAAGGAUUUAAAUCUAUUACUGACGGAUGUUUAUAAGUGUUUACAUCAUGAAAAAUUGUCAUCAGCUUCCUAGAACAGUGAAAAAUAUUCAUGGAAAUUUAGUUUUUUUAUUUUUUUCCGCAAAGGCACAUUUCUUAAGAUAAAAUACAUGAGUUUUUUUUCGCCAGCGUGUAA